CAUCACAGCCACAAAAGUUUUGCCAUUUGUUGGCGACUUUCCUCCCAAAUGAGAUAUUUCUCCUCAUCCGAUAUCCGGAACUCUACGAUCAACCUAGAGUGUUCUCUGAGAAAAGCCAUCAACCCAGAGCGGUAUUCAUCAACUUACUCUCCUCGUCUAUAUGAUCAACUGAUGACCUGCACCUCUACUCGUUUCACUCGUUUUUUCCUCGCUCUUUCCAUAUGCUAAUAGUUUGGAGUUAACAGAGCAUAUAGGAUUGGAAGACCCAUAUAAAUCCUUCUACAGAUACCAAGCUCCAAUGUUGCAGUAACUAAAUGCUACAACGGCCAUGAUUACCUGUUGUUCCCUCCAUCCGAACUCACUUCCCAAUGCUCUGCCACUUCCUUUUGGACUACAAAACUCUGGUUCUCCUCCUAUGUUAUCCAGCUUCUCGUAUUCAGGAUUCCCAUUCCAUACCAGAUUCUUUCCCAUCUUGAAACAUCUGAAACUAGAGGAGAGGGGAAACAAGACUAAUUGCCACCUUAAUGCCAUCCAAAACAGCCAAGCAUUGAAUGGAGCUCCGGGAGAAGUACUUGAUAAUGAUGAAGACGAUGCCGAGCUCUGUCCAGUUGAUUGUGUCAGAGAAUUCAAGACCGAGGAAGAAUUCCGGAGGAUACUGGACAAGGCAAAAGAGACCGGUUCGCUCGUUGUGGUGGAUUUCUAUCGCACAUCUUGCGGCAGCUGCAAGUACAUAGAACAAGGCUUCGCAAAAUUAUGCAAAGGUUCUGGUGAUCAAGAAGGUGAUGUAGUCUUCUUAAAGCAUAAUGUUAUUGAUGAAUAUGAUGAGCAAUCUGAGGUUGCAGAACAGCUACGCAUUAAGGAGAAGGGUGAAAGAGGGUGCUUGGCAUGUCAGAGAAAAGCAGAAGCAGCUGCAGUACCACUAUUUCACUUCUAUAAAGACGGGGUCCUGUUGGAAGCAUUUCCAACCAGAGAUAAGGAGAGAAUUGUGUCUGCCAUUCAAAAAUAUACAUCUCCUCUCUAAAUCACGGAGUUCCUUUUUCGAUACUGUGCAGAUCCUCAAAUCCUCUUGAUGACCUACCUGAAUGGACACUUGCUAUUGAGCUUUAAUGUUUUGCUAUCCUGAAGCCUCUUUAGCUGUACAUGAGAGGUUCUUAUCUCAUUGUUUGGAACUAUGAAGUUUUUCCUACUAGGCUAAAGAUUCAUACAAGUAGAGAGAAUCUUUCAGGCUUCAAUUAUUUAACUGUAAGCCGAUCCGCUCUCUUUUUUUAAUUACCAUGUUCUUCUAUGUUCUUGUAAAAGUUUGUCUCCUGUUAGUUAUUCUUAUACCUGUUUCUCUGGCACAUGACAAAUUAUAAAGUCUACUCAUAUUGAUAAUAAUACAAGAAAAUAUGUAUGUGCAGUGAGAAAAACUCGGACUAUGACUUAAUUCU